AUGAGCCCAUCAAAUUGUAUUUUUGCCGCCGCAUUAUUAUUAUGCUCGACAUUUGCAUGUGUAGCAGGGGAUUCCGAAUGCCCUUUAGGGUGGACAUUUGACGCUUCCACCACCGAUUGUUACCUUUUGACGACCGAAUUGUAUUCAUUUGAUGAAGCCAAACAGUUUUGCGAAAGUGUUGGUGGCCAAAUGGCUUACAUCGAUUUUACAACGAAACGAGAUGAUUACGUAGUUCUCACAAACGGAUCUUUCCUUCAACCAUGGAUGGGAACAAGACGAAAUCUGACAACCGGAAAGUUCUAUAAUAUAAAUGGGGCUUAUCUUUCACUCAGCGUUUGGUUAAAAAACGAGCCUAGUGCUGAUGGAGAUUGUGCAACGCUCCGUGGUCUACAGCCGGCUGGGCUCAAGGCGACACCUUGCUACAAAUUGCAGCCCGCUUUUUGUUAUCAGUCGCCAGCGUUGUGCAAUGGAGGAAAUUUCGGUGGUCUGUCGGUUCGGAAAGGAUCCAUCAAAUCUCCAGGAUUCCCAGUUCAAUACUAUAACAACCUCAACUGCAAUUACUUAAUAACUUCUCCUAAUAACACAUACAUUACAAUCAGCUUCGACGUUUUCAAGAUUGAAGAAUGGUACGACUCGCUUACAAUUUUUGAUGGAGAUUCUAAAAACUACUCAAAUUAUAUCGGAACUGUUUCUUCUUAUAACAAGGAGUCAUUUGAAACAACUUCCAACAAAGCAUUUUUAGUAUUCAAAACCGAUUAUAGAUACACUGAUAUUGGAUGGUCCCUUAAUUGGGAGGCAAAAACAAUUUCGACGCCGAUUACUCAGACUGGAAGCAAUGGAACCAUGACUUCACCAAACUAUCCGAUGAAUUACGAUCCUUAUACGGAACAGAUUUACAAUAUCAAUGUUGCAUAUGGGUUCAAUAUUAAUAUGACCAUUGAUACUUUCAAAACUGAGCAAGUGCACGAUUAUUUGGCAAUUUAUGACGGACGAAUCAGAAAUAAUCAAACAUUGGUUGCAAAAUUAUCUGGAAUGCAGGUCGCUCCGUGGUCGUUCCGCAGCUCCGGAAGCGCGAUCUCAAUGGUCUUUGUCUCCGAUGGCUCGCUUCAGUACAAGGGCUGGCAAUUAACAUGGACAAUUUGUUAA